CGGCGUCAGUGGUAGGGUUAUGGAAAACCUCGAGGCGUGGACAAAAACACUACCCGGACGCUCUCAGCUGUUCCUUUUUGGUUCUCUGCAGCAGAUAAUUACACGGAGUACAUCUAAAAGGGUUCAAGGUUGCUUUUUUGUUGUAAAAUGGACGGAGGAUGAUGUCGUUUGGUGUUUAACGGUAGCUUAAGUUCACGAAAGCUAGCUCGCUAGUUGCUAAAGCUAACGGUUGCUGUCCGAAUGACAACAAUUAGCUUUUUUCCGCUACAGAUAUAUCUGUAAACCAGACAAUGCUGCAAAACAAGACAGACUAAACGCGGGAAACGAACAGGUUAGUGCCAACACACAAUGAGAGAUAACGGUAACACACAACUCACCUGUUGAUUGAGGAUAUUCGCUAUGCUAGCAGAACAACUGCCAUCAACAAAUCAGUCUUAACAUUACCCGUUAACACGAUACCCUUUUUAAAAGCUAAUAUCUGCUCAUUUGAAAUGCUUUUGGGGACAUCACAUACGUUUCUUUCUUCUCCCUUGUUUGAGAAUGAUGCCUGAGAUGUGUAGAUGUUUUCAGGUAUCAACUGUCAACAACAGACGGCUCUGCCCGAUCGUGUCACAUCUGUUAGAUCACAAAACAACUAGUACUUAAGUGUCCACAGGGCCUUUAUCCCCCUCCUUACCCACUGUCCUGCUGAUUCUAUUUAUAGUGGUGCUGCAGUGUGUACUGGUGUUGCCAUAGAAACUCGCUCAUCCAGCGCUAUUGUUUAGGUUGAUUAAAGGAAUAGAUGACAACAUGACCCUUGCAUACCUUCAUCUUAAAUAUAACAAAUCAGCCUCACUCACUUAUCCCUGUAUAAACCUGUGUAUAAAACAAGCCCAGAAUUUACAUCAUUUCCAGGAGAGGACACUCAGUAUUGAAAUUUGACAGAUUUUACAUUCCCUUUUCUUUAUUCUUUCAACAUAUGUAAAUACAUACAUCUUAUUGUGGUCUAAAUUAGCAUUUAGACUGUUCAAUAAGUAACCAGGGCAGGCAGGGGCAAGCUAAUGUUAUGUAUAUAGCAGCAGUGAUGUGGAGUAAUGAUAUCAUACAUCAUUUAACCUCAUGGAAAAUUCCACCUCAGGUGCGUUGUUGCAUAGUGACCAAGUCACACAAUACAGAAAACCUGAGAGAAACAAGUCAGUCUGGACAACUGUGUUGAUUUAUCUUUAGAAUAAAGGAAGUACAGCCUUAUAAUUUAUAAUUUUUUUUAAGUUACAACUUUGAAAAAAAAUAAUGUGAUUCAAAGUCUUGAUUUUGUUUGUAAAUCAAACACAGAGCUUUCCAGGUAUCAAAAUGGAAUCAGAAAACAAAGCCGACUCCUGUGAAGAUAAUCGAGAUUUGGAUGAGAGUCGCCAGUCACAACAAAGUACGAAGAAGUAUUCCAGAGAGUCAUCCGCCCAAAAGUGCAAAAAGAACUAUGAGGAGAAUAACCAGGAAGAAAAAGAUGACGGUAUUGAGAGCAGGUCAAGGACCAGAACCUGGCAUUCAGAUCCAGAUCGAGACCAAAUGUCAGACAGGGAGGGACGAAGGAGUGGUCGGUCUUUUUAUUCAGAGGACUAUGAAAGUGACGCUCCUUCAGAGGGAUCGCUCUCACCAUACUCCAGGUCCAGGACUCCAUCUCCUGCUCCAAAAAAAGGGGUGCGGGAAAAGAGGAUUUCUGGAAGCCCACACUACAAGAUGGGUAUGUAGAACAAGAACAUAAUCCAGUAUGGACCUUUGCCUGAGUAAAAACUUGUGAAUAAAUGUGCUUCACUGUCCAGGUGAUGGCAGUGUAAGGCAGAUUUUAUGCAGGUUGUGCAGGGAACAAGCUAACACAAGUCUGCCUUCUAUGGACAGUUAAUUCUUCCUGCAGAAGUUUCAUUUUACAACAUGCUUAAUAGUUUAUGAGUAAAGUUUGAUUUUAAGGAAUCUUUGACUUCAACCUUAGUUAAUAUUCACCACUAUUGGCCCACCUAACCAUCAGAUUUUACAACAAUAUGUAAAAGUUUGUCAAUAUUUUAAAAUGGUUUCUAUAUUGUGUGUCUCUUUGUCCCUCAGGUGUUGUCGGUCGCCGAGGUCUCGCUCGCCCACUUCGCUUAGGUGGUCCGCCUCUAACCCAGCAGCAUCGCAGGGGGGUACGUUCUCAGAGCAAAGAGUCCACACCUCCUAAAGACCUUGACCUGGUGACCAAGAGGAUGCUUUCAGCACGUCUACUAAAGAUCAACGACUUGCGUAACUCGCUUGCUGAACUUCAGCAACGCACUGAUGAGCUGCAGAGAGAGAAUCGAGUUCUCAAACAGGUAGACCUGGCCCUGUAGUUCUUUUGGGUUACAUACACAAGGACAGAGAGAGAGCUUUGACUCAACAGUGUGGGGUUUAAACAUAAACACAGGCAUAUUUGAUAUAAAUAACUGUUCACACAAUAUUUACCACAAAAUGCUUUGUCUUUCCUGUCUUCAACACCUUUGGAACCCUGAAACAAAUAUUUUUCUAUAGCUUCAGGUGCGUCAAGAGAAAGCCCUGCAGCGCUACGAUGACACAGAUAGUGAGAUUUCCCAGCUGCUGUCACGCCACUCAAAUGAGACCCACGUGCUGCGUGAAAGGCUCAGACGCACCCAAGAGCGUGAGCGGGCUGUUGAGCGGCGGCUGAAAGACAGCGAGGAGCAGCUCCAAAGGAGUCAGGCAACUAUUGCCCGGCUGAAGAAGCUGGUUGACCAGAGAGAACUUGGAGCACGAGAUGAGCUGAGCCGCAGGCUAGAGGAAGAGAAAGUUAAGGCCCAGGAGGCUGAACGAAAGAUAAAGGUACAGUUAUUUCAUACAUUUUUAUUUUAUCUAAUCAUCUGUUGAAAAGCUGAGGUCUAAAAUAUGAAAUUCUCAAGGCUGCAGGGCAUGACACAUAAAAAAUAUACAUAUUUCUUGCCUUGUGACGUAAUUUACAAAUUAUAUAUUCAGUUACAAGCCACUGGUGUCAGGUUUACAAAGUUGCUUGACAAUCACAUACAAAGAACAAGUAAAAUACAUGCCUAUUCCUAUCAAAUUUGACAUGCAAAGUUUACAACUGUUAGUGUAACUGUUUGUCUUUGCGUUUGAAGGAACUGGAGCGGAGCGUGGAGCUGAGCAACAGCAGUUUCCAGAGACAGCUGGCCGCAGAGAGGAAGAAGACUAUCAGUGCCCAGCAGGAGCUCAGGACUCUGCAGGAGGAGCUUGAACGACUGACCAACAAACUCAAGGUCCUUGUACAGGAAACUACUCACACCAUAACUUUCUUUAGGAUUGGACACAUAAAAUUCAAUUGCCUGAGUGUGUAAAUUUCCCUUUUUUAUUAUAUUUUUUUCAUAUCAGGAGAAGGAGAGAGAACUAGAUACUAGGAACAUUUAUGCAAACCGUAUGAUGAAACCCUCAGUGAAAAAGGAGAUGGAAAAUGGGGCAAAGCAGAAAGGUGAGGCCUCACUAUGUGUUGAUGGCUGCAAUUGUUUAAUUAUCUUAACCUUUAUUGAUCAUUUUCCUUUCACAAAGUGCAGUUUGGAAUAGGACUACCAUCAUUAAUCUGCUAUUGUAUCACACAUUGAACAGCCCCCAGCAGGAACAGCAGCAAAGCAGUGAAGACUAGAGACAGGUCGUCCAGUCUGGAUUUCCCCACACCUCCUCCUGCUGUCACAGAUGCCAAUGAGUACAGCGAACAGGCAUCUGAUGAAUACCUAUCACUCAAGGUAAAGUGCCUCCACUUCACUUGAAGAGAAACCCUGCUCUGUCCUUCAACCAAAGCUGUGUUUUACAUAUUAUGUCUGACUGACAAGCACAAAAAGUUUUAAAAUUGGCAGAUAUGUAACAGGCUGCAGGGGCUAUAUUGUAUCUCUCAGUGCAAAUGGGCUCAAUCAAAGUGAACCCAGCUGAAAUGUUUGUUUGUAGGCACAAAUGAUUAUUUAAGUGUCUUGAAACUGGAGGAGAAGAUCUGUAUAAGGCUUGAAUAGCAGCCAUAACAGCCUUCUUUGUGGAUACUAAAUUGUUCAAAAGCGGUCAAAAUAAAAUACACAAAAGAUUGCCAUUAUGUGCAGUGCCCAGAAAGUGACAAGAGCUUUUUUUUAAAUUAAUUGGCACAUGCGAUUUAGUAUCUGAAUGUACGUGUUAUACCCACACUGCGCAUGUGUUUUUGUAAAUAAUCCUCCGUGCCCCUAAUUUGUGAGAGAAGAAGGACAGUGUCAUGGACAGAGAGCAUAUCAUCAACAUUUCCUUUCAUUUAGGAAUGACUCACAAAGAGAUAUUUUACAGCUUAGCCACAUUUGGUAUUGUUUUGAGUAGGAGACACUUUAUCAGGAUCCUUAAAGCACAGCAACUUUGCCGUUGGUGAUACUCAGCCUUGCAGGAAAUGAUUUUGAUUAACGAACAGUUAAAUUGCACCUGCAAUAUAAUAAAUCACAUGUGCAAAUUUAAAAAAAAGGUCAUGUCACCUCACCACUCUUCUUUCAGAGUCUUUCAGAUCCCAAAAUACGUGAAAAAUAAAAAUAAAAAACGGGGCCACGUUUAAUAAUUUCAUAAUUCUCCUUUAAUAACUUCUGUUUGUCAUUUUUCCUUUUUCUCUCAAACAUUAUACGUCAUCAGGAAAUCGGCUGUGGGGACAGACAGCCAGAGAUGAGAGAUAAACAUCACAUGAGAGAACAGCAAAAGAUCAAGGACAGCGAAAAAGAACUAAACAAGGAGAAGGUGGCAGAGAAGGAGAAGGAGAAACAAGAGUCCAGUCAGCAGCCAAAUGCCCUUGAAGCCUCGACAAAGACGCCACCAAAACUGUGGGAAAAAGAGAAAGAAGAAGAAGAAAACAUAAGGACAAGUUCCCUCCUCAACCAGGAGGAAGAGACCAUCAGGAAGCGUGGCCAUGUCCAGGAAGAGGUGGAGAGAUGGAACCACGAGGCUCUGGCAAAUCAGCGAACGACAGAGGAAGCACGUCGCAAAAAAGAGCUGCUGCUGGCGAAGAUGCGUGAGAUAGACCUGUCCAUAAAAGGAGCCGCAGAAGCUGUGUUUUCUGAGUCUAGUUCUUCUCAGUUUAACACAAGUAGCAGCGAACAUCCCUCUCCUCAUCCUCCCGAGCAGAAGAUCCAUAACUCUUCCAUUUUUGACCUAACAGAACCAGAGGAACGUGCUGGUAGUAGGGAAGGAGGGAGGAGGAGACCCGGCACAGAAGUUGGAGUUUUUCCAAUAGGGAGGAGAGCGCUACGAUCUCAAAACUCCAGUGAUGACUUUGCAUUUGGAAGCUAUGCCCCUUCUUUUAGAAAUUCAGCUUCCAGAAGUUCCUCAGGCUUCCCUCCACCUCCACCUGCAGAAGACAGGGACUCUGCAUUAGAAGCAAUAGGUGUUUUCAGUCUCAGGGGAACGGAGACAGAGAAGGAAAAGGAGACAGAAAGAGGCGUCAUGAAGGAUAGGAAGUCUAGCCUCAUGCAGCAGCUGUUUGGUAGCCUGGCAACACCUGCCGGUGAUGGUGUGAGCCUCCCAAAUAAAAUGGAGAUCCUCAGCAGUCCUCCAGCUACCAAUGGGAUGCGUUCAAGGAGGGAAGGACUUUUUAGCUUCAACUCAGGGUCAUCCACCCCUACAGCAUCGUCCAUGAAUACAAUACAUGUUGCAGAAAGCAGACCUGCCAUCCGUGCUAUCGCCUCCUUCAAUGAUGAUGACAUAGAAGAACUGACCUUGUGAAGUGAAUGAAUUUAUUACAUCUUUCCAAAGAUAAAGCCAUAAAAACCACCUUGAAAUUACACCUGGAGUUUUUCUGAGGUAGUGUCUCUUACCAGUACUGCACUUAAAUAUAAGACAAUCCUCAGGUGGCAUUAUGGGAUAGCAGAGCCAUCACUCACCACCAACCAACAGCUACCUUAACUGCAGUAGUACAGUCACACAUAAGCAGGUUUCUCUCACAAUUCACCUCUUUGCCAUAUUUAUAUAUGAAGUAAGAAUUUCUGUUAUUAAUUAUUUGAACAAUAGAGUGUACCACUAAACAAUAUGACAAGUGAUUCAAGGUUCAAGGACUUUUUUUGUCUCGAAUAGGGAUGAUUCAAUGUGCAAAAACUGCUGGCCACAUGUCUGACAGGUGUUUUAAACCAGCAGUGGAAUUUACAUUUGAUUUUUAUGACUGAAGUUCUUCUAUUUUGUGCUUUUUUUGUACAACCCCACUACUUUUCAAAGGGACAUUUUGUGUUGUUUUUGCACAAUUUUAUUUGAACAUUAAUUUAUCAUUGAAUUCAGCAAGUAAAUAAUGAUGGAUUUUUUUGAUAAAGCUACAAGGCACUGUAUCUAAUGAUUGUAAUUAGCUCCCAUAAAGUGGAAAGCAUACAUUCAAAAGUACCUAUAGGGGAGAGUGGGGUAAGUUGAGCCACCCCGUGUUGCUUGGAAAUGGUAAAAGAAAUUGAUCAUGUGACCAAAUAAUUAGGCGAUGGGCAUCAAUUCAUGGAGUCUGUGAAGGUCAGAAGCCCCAUGUGUAAAGGGGUUAGACAUUUAUUUCCAACUUACCCCAUACACGGGGUAAGUGGACCAUAGUAGACCACUUUUUUGGCAUGCUAAAUUAUGAAGACAGUUAUGUUUACACUCAUUCUGUUGGUUUGCAGGGAUGCACAACAUCCUGAAAUAUAUGCAGAUACACUAGUUAGAGACAAAAUUAUGAUUGCCUUGAUGUAGUGAUCUGAAAUAUGAAAAAUGGCUCAUCUUACCCCACUCUCCCCUACGUGGUAAUAAACCCCUUAUUGUAAAAUUAUCCAUCCUGCAUAGAGUCAAUCUAAAUUUGGUACCUAAUAUACAGUAUAAUUUUAGGGCUUAUAGCUUUAUUUUCCUAAUUUAAGUAAGAUAUUGAUAUAACUUAUAAUAAAACAUUAUUUUUAGUAUAGUUUUUGUUCUUUACUCAUUUAAAAUUUUUAGUUUGUGUUUUAAGAAACCAGCAUUAUAAUGACACUGAAUACAUGUCCCAUUACAUAGAAAAUUGGCUUGGCCCUAUGGAAAUGUAUUAUUUCACCCAGUUAGCAAAUGAUCCUCAGUUAGUGAGUUGUGUAGCUGUGGUGAAUUAAUUUUGUUUUAACAUAAAUUUGGAUGACUGCAGACAAUCAUUGCUUUUUUAAACCACAAAGAGCUGUUGAAAAGAGUUUCAAGCUCUAUUUAUUUAUGUUUUCUAAUGAGCCCUAUUACAUAAUAGCCAAAGUCCUAGCUAAAGGAACUUUUUUGUACAAAAAAAACCCCUUCUGUGGAUAGUUGAUCAAUAGGUACCCUUUUACUUUGUAAGUUGUAAUUUUGUGAAGAGCUUUUUGUAUUUAUUCAGGUGGACACUAUGGCAACACUUGAUUAGAACCCACUUCUUAUAAUGCACCAUGAGCUCAUUUAUAAAGCCCUUUAAAUGCAUUAAUAACAACCCUAAUAGGUGAUUAUAAGCAUUCAUAACAGCUUACAGCAUUGUUUAUAAAGUAUUGUAAACAAAGAGCAUAAUUACUUUUUAAGGUAUGAUUUAUACUGUACUAAACUUUAAAAACAUAACUCUCACAACAGUAUGUAGUUUAUAAAGAACUAAUUCUUUUUAAUUAUAAAAAAAAAAGUUACUAAGAACUUACAAGCAGUAUUUUGUGGCUGUAGGUGAUGUGUCAGAUAAACACACUUGACAACAAAAAUACAUUUUUAUAUUUAUAUUUUUUUCUUUGCACAGAGGUAUGAGGCAUAAUAAGACCUACUUUUAUAAGGCACUGCAUUCACUGUUUAUAAGACUUUGUAAACAUUGUUUAAAGCUGUUAUGAAUGCUUAUAAUCACUUGUAAGGGUUGUUAUUAAGUCUUAAUGGUCACUUAUGAGGCUUUAUAAAUACUCUUAUGAUGCAUUAUUAGAGAUAGGUUCUUAGUGUCAACGAGAUUAUUCCUGUAAGUUCUCGACUGAUGAAAAGUGUAACAAACGAAAACUUUGAAUUGGUUUGUGUUUGUUUGUUCUUGAAUUUUCACAUUUUUACUCUUCGACCAAUUGUUCUGUGCCGUGAAUAAAAUAAAUGAUAGCGGG